AUGGCGGCCAUGUAAAUUGAUCUUGUAAAGUUUUCCGAAGAAAAACAAAUCGUCAUUCGUGAUCUACAUAUCACCAGUCUAUUUUGCAUUCUUCGCAAAACAACAACCAGGCGAAUACGUAUCAGCCUGCAUCAGUAGGAACCUGUAUAUAGCCAAAGAAUGACGAGUUUUGGACCUCCAAGAGCGUCAUCGGGUGGAAGCAAGUCUAGAAGCAGCAGCGCAGGCUCGACAAGUUCCACGGGGUCAAAACCGUCGUCAGCUGGAAGUAGUGGCAGACCUGUAAAAACUCGACCGUCAGAUCGACUAAAUCCCAAAACGAUCGACCCGUUUAAUGAGAGAGGACCGAAGUCGGCAUUUGCAACGGUGUAUGCGAAUGGAGGCGUUCCAUGCAGACUAGUCCAUGGUUCAGUGAAACAUAAACUCCACUGGGAUAUACCUGUUGAAGAAGUAGCAUAUGAUCCUGUUUUGAUCACUUUAACAGAGGGGCUGAGAGAAACAAAGCAUCCAUAUAUAUUUGUUGCACAGAUGGGCUUCAAGGAGCUCUUAGAAGUGUACGAGUCUUCAGAAAAAAUAUUGCCUGUGUUACCCAAGAUUAUAGCGCCUCUUAGAGCUGCAUUGAGUCACAGUGAUGGGCAAGUAUUUGAAGGUUCAUUGAACUCUGUAGUUCAGCUCAGUGCUGCUGCUGGAGCACACCUGAAUCCACAUCUCAAACAACUCCUUGGUUGUAUGUCCAAGAGAUCAAUGGAGAAGAAGUAUAAAGACAAAGUGGCAACAGCUUUACAACAAAUUGAACAGUCUUGUGGAAGAGAAAGCUUGCCAAUCAUCAAGGCCAAAGUGCCCACAUAUUCCUCUAUAUUUACAUAGUUACAGGCAGUGUAUUCUUACAGGAUAACAUCAUCAGGGGCUUGUAAGCAUUAUUUAUUGUUUUUAGUUAAUUGCCUGCUGAAACCCUCCAAGGAUAGUUGAAAUAAAUGGGAAUAAAUUGGGGUCAUAGCUGGUGAUGUGUUCAGGAGGUUUUGUAUCUAUUGUGCCUGUGCCUAGCGCAUUGGCUUUGCCCGUUACCUUUCAUAUUUGACGUCUGCUACAGGGAAUCAACCAUUUUGCAUCAUUUAAAAAACUACAUUUGUGCCAUUUGUAAUAUUUGUAUAUAACCAUAGACUCUGAUCUGUAAUUUAACAGUGAUAAAUUCAUUGUUGUUUUUUUUAACUGUUUGUAUAAUCUGAAUGGAUUUUACUAGCAUCGUACCUAGGCAUUAGGUACAGGGAGUGGAACAUUGCAUUGAUUCUAAAUUUUAUUUAAAGUGAUGCAGUGCACUUAUUUGUGUGAACAAUUUUUAGCUUUGUAAUGUCCUUUUCAAAUGAACACAUAAAUAGGACCAGAAAUUGUGUCAGAUACUAUCAUCGGCCAUUUUGUUGUUGUCGUAGAUUCCAUUGGAUGUUGAUGUAGCAGACUGGCUCAAUUUUUGUUAAGCUAAUCUUUGCUUUGAAAUUAUUGUAUAGUAUUGCGCUUUAUGAUUGUAGAUGUAAAUUACCAUAUUCUUUUACUUGCGUUGAUUUCAGCGAACAGAGUAUUUCUACAUGUUUUCUUAUAGUCUGUACUGGAUGCACAACUCAGUAGAAAAAUGUAGGAGCUAAACAGGGCCCUUAUUACUUUCUACAGUACUGUAAAAUACUUUAUUUUAGCGGAAUUAAUUUUUGCUGAAAAGACUUUUUGGGUGUUUUGUGUAGAAUUGAAAGUAAAAUAUAGAAAAAACAAAUAUAUUCACUGGAUUUUAUUUUCACUGACUCAUUCCUUCAGCAAAAUUAGCAAAAAUUAAUUCCAAGCAAAAAUAAAGUAUUUUACAGUAACUUGAAAUUAAGUAUUACGAGUGCACAUGCAUGUACUUAAAAUUGAGGAAAUGUGGUACAGUGUUAAUAUACUGUGUGAUGGUUGUAAAUUAUCUACUGUUAUGUUGAAUGUUUGAAUCGUAAUUAGGGGUGCCUAUGAAAUAUGACUGAAGCAGUAGAACAUGCACUCUAGCCCCAGUCUAUAUGCAUGAACCAAAAUAUUUUGAAAUUGCUUACAAAUGUUAGUUACUGUAUAACGAAAAUGCUUCUGGCUGGCUCCAUGCCUUAGGUAUAUGGAUUUAAGUGCUGUGGCAACUGCUUUACCUCUCUGACUGUGGACAAUAUUUGGUUAUCAAAUGUUUUUCACAAUAUCCACUCACAUAAGUGCAUGGAUCCUCUGUGUCUGCUCUGAUGUCUUCUGUUCAGAUAGUUAUGUCAAUGACUAGAUUGUCUUAACCUGCUCUUUAGUUAUACAUAAUCAUUUUUUUGUGUAUUUGUAUGAAAAAAGGUUGUUUUUGUUAUCCAAAGUCACAACUCCACUGCCACAUGUUUUGCAUAUAUGUGAUUUGUUUCUAUCAAGAAAAAAAUUCUAUCAUUCCAUCGUUUAUUUUUCACUGUUACAAUACAUGUACCGGUACUCCAUCAUUGAUUUGUUCUUGAUUUUUUUUUAAGAUUAAUUAUUCCUGCUUUAUUCUCAGUGUUUAUUCUCAAAGUUUUGUGUCUGCCUUUGCUUCUUUGUUUUCAAAGUCUUGAGCUCCAACAACUUUUUUUCUGGUUUACAAAUUAGUAUAUUCAAAGUCUCCUUGUUGCAUGGACUUGGAACAAAUUGUUUGGUCAGUACAUAUCAUGUUUUUUUAAGUUUUUGUGUUUUUUAGACCCUCU